AACCAGUCACUCUCCACACCAUCUACUUCUCCCUCGUCCCUUCAACUUACGCGUUUACAUAAGCCAACAGAGAAACGUUGGGUAUUGCACUAUCCAGUACCAUUCGGGAGUAUAUUUACUAUAUACUCAACCGCAAUGGAGAAAGCAUUUGAUAAGCUCCCGUACAAGGUUGCCCAUAAAACGUCACUGGAUAUGCUCCUGUUCAUGGUUCCCCCAGCCCUUCAGGGCCAGAUCAAAGACAGCACGGAAGAUGAUCUUGUUUCUACCGGUUCUGCCAUGCUCGCGUUCUUGCGCCGACUGCCCGAGUUUAAACACUCGAUUAAGAACUUUACAGACCCAGAGAGGGCUUUCUAUAAGAAGAACAAGAAGUCUGCUCUGGAUUUGAAGAAAAGUGGCAACGAUUGCUUCUCCAGAGGAGCUUACCCUAAAGCUUUGAGUUUAUAUUCCCAGGCAUUGCGCGUUGCACCAAGUAGUGCUGAGGACGGGGGGAAAAAUGUGGUUGCCAUGCUGUAUCUAAAUCGUGCAGUUGUACUGUAUAAUAUGGGUCUUCUGGUGGAGUGUGUACGAGAUUGCAAUCGGGCUCUUGCCAUUUCUCCAAGUUAUGUGAAGGCGUGGUAUAGGAGAGCUAAAGCAAAUGCUUCCUUGGAAAACUAUGGAGCUGCAGUACGUGACCUGCAUGUCGCUAUGAUCAUGGAACAGUCUUUGGAUGAAAAGAGGAAGAUAGAAAAUGAGCUAAAGUCUCUCUCACGGCAGCAAAAGGAUACAAGAAGUUCACUGGAUAGACCUGAUGAGAACAAGUCUUCUGGGACAGAUGAGCCACACCAAAUAAAAAUUGAGUGUGUCUCAGUCACACCAAAUAAGGGAAAAGGCAUGGCUGCUGUGUCUGAGAUUCCAAAAGCUUCUUUAAUUCAUACCGAAGAACCCUAUGCUGCGAUCAUAUUAAAGGAAUAUCGGGAAACACAUUGUCAUUUCUGCUUCAAUGAACUACCAGCAGAUAUGGUUCCAUGUUCAUAUUGUGGGGGACCAUUAUAUUGCUCUCAGCAAUGUCAAAUACAAGCUGGAGGACAGGCAACAGGGAUUAACUCAAACAGUUACGCUAUUGAUGAGACUUUGUCAGAUGAGCUUAAAAAGCACAUUGCGGAUAUAACCUUACCCAAUGCUUCUGCUUCAGACAUCCAUCAUUUUUUUGAACAUAGACACGAGUGUCAUGGUGUACAUUGGCCUGCAGUAUUCCCACCUGACGUAGUUCUAGCUGGUAGAAUUUUAGUGAAGUCCACAGAGAAAAAAGGACAUCAUAGCAAUGUUUCUAAGCUUAUUGGAACUGUGGGUCUUUCUCACAAUUAUGAGGAGUUGUCUCUAGAAAGAAAACUGGAGUUUCAUAUUUAUUCUGUCGCGAUGAUAUACUGUCUUCAGAACUCUUAUUGGUCUGAAUUUCCGAACAAUGGGGAGAUUGUUGCAAAGUUUGUCACUCUACUGUCCAUGAUUAGCACGAAUUCUAUGGCAAUUGUUCGUAUGACAUCUCCAGAUUCUGUGGAACAGGUAAAGGUAGGUCAAGCUAUUUAUUCAGCUGGUAGUUUGUUUAACCAUUCUUGCCAGCCAAACAUCCAUGCAUAUUUCCUGUCUCGUACUCUAUAUGUGCGAUCCACAGAAUUCGUUGCAGCAGGGUGCCCACUGGAGAUGUCCUAUGGUCCACAGGUUGGGGAGUCGCUAUGGGUAAGCCGCAUCGAAUUUCUGAAAGACAAAUACGCGUUUGUAUGUCGGUGCAGAGGUUGUGCAGAGAUAAACUUGCCUGACCUUGUGCUGAGUGCUUUUCGGUGUAUCAAACCGAAUUGCUUCGGUGUAGUCUUAGCUAAAGGCACAGCCUUUUAUACGAAGUACAUAAUUGAGAACCCUCCAAUGUUCGGUUCAGAACCUGAUAUGCAGGUUGACAAGCCAAAAGAUGAAGAGAUACAUAAAGUGGCUGGCCAUGUUUUUGAACUGACCGGAUGCAGUGAUCAAAUUAAACCUGGAUCUUGUUUGAGAUGUGGUUCUGGCCGUGAUUUGGACGCUUCAUAUGCAACAAUCGAGGAAACUGGGCCCUGUUCGAAAAGGUUGGAGUAUGAGGUAUUCCAUAAAGAACUUGAAACUGAUACUCUCUCAGAUGCUUUGAGAGCUCUUGAUGUCCUGCGAUCAACAUUGCAUCCGUACAACAAAGCAAUAGCACAGUUGGAGGACACUAUUGCACAUGCAUUUUCUAUGUUUGGAGAAUUUGAUCUAGCACUGGAACAUUGCAAGGCAUCAAUUGAGAUUCUUGAAAAGCUCUAUGGUCCUGACCACAUUGCUAUUGGACAUGAGUUGUUAAAACUUGCAUCAAUUCAGCUAGCCAUGGGUGAUCCAAGUGCUGUGGAAAUCUUAGAUCGGGCAGAGGCAAUAUUUUUGCUGUAUUACGGAUGUCAUGCGGAUACCAUUUUCCCACAUCUACAAUGCCAUAAGAUACAAGCUCGCGAACUUGUUCAGUGAAGGUCCAUAUUCUUGCGGCAGUGGUAUACUAGUCUUUUUGCCUUAAAUCAAUGCCCAAAAACUUAUGUAUAGAAGCUCGCGAACAUUCAGCUGAAGUUGUUUCUCUCCACCUAUGUUAUGGUAGAGAUGGAGUAUUUCUGGUGUACCUGCUUGUAGUGAAGUGGCAGUUUUUUGACCAAGGUUUAGCAGGUGGGUAAGGUCUAGUUGUGGAAACUGAGUAGUAUUAACUAGAUUAGUCUUUUGGGUAAGGUCUAUUCCUGGCUUUGUAGGCCUUGUUUGGUUGACUAAAACUUGGAACGAAUGUAAAUAUAAUCUUAGGGGCUGUUCCUUUGCUCGGCGUUGAUGA